AUCGGCCCAGAAGCGGAAUCUGGCCUGUAUUGUUAUUCCAAGGUCGUUUCCCCCUCCUUUCUUCCACGGCUCCCUCGUUCUUCAGGUGGGAAUGACCAUCACAAACAAUGGUACAACUGCUGCAUGACUGCCUUUUCUUUUCUCUCUUGGGCCUCUACACGAUCUGUUGCCACAUUGUUGUUAUUAUUAUACACUACUGUACUAUCCUUGAGAUUGCUACAGGACAAUUUCCUUAUGCUCGGCCGCCCCACCGACCGGCCGGGAUUUGGGACCCGACCGCCAGCAGUGUAGCGCGCCCAAGAGCCGAGCCAGGGUGCCAGGCUGUUGUGUUGAUGUUGAUGUUGUUAUUAUUUUAUCAUCGUCGCUAUGUUGACUGCCAUGAAGGCAUUCAAUGAUCACGCCCGGUCAUUAUUUCUCGUGAAUGGUUGGGCAGUGUAUGUAGCGAUGUCAUGUCAGUGUACUAAUUUAUUCCCC